AUGACAAUCAUAGGAAAGAGGCUUUACCGACAGCUGAUUGCAGUCUGCACUACUAGACUAGAGCCUCGCAUUCUAAAGCCAAAACUCCAUUGUUGGACUCAUCAUGCUUCUUCCAGGUGUCGUUCCGUCCCAUCCAUCCUUCGAUCACUACACGUAAUACCGACCAACAACAAUCAAGGCAGCACUAGUGUGUUUGGGACUGUAAUGGGGUUGUCUGUUGUUGCGAUUGCGAGCUUUAAAGCUCUGACGUAUACCACGCAUUGUCACGAGGAACAAGCAGCAGAAGCCGAACGGCAAGAGAGUAGCAGUGAGAAAGAAGAUACUGCCACUUAUAGUGGUAGCAGUCAUAGUACAACGACGACGUUACAGGACGAAGAAAUGGUGAAUGCCUAUGUGCGAUCGUUGAUGAAAGACGACACAUUGGUCAAGUUGCCACUGAAUCUAGGGACUGCCGCUCCCCAUCUCAUGGACCUGACGGAACUCCAUCGCGUACUCGUGUGGGAAGCCAUUCAUUCAUGCCUUUGA